AUGGCCUUGCAGCCGAGGGCCUAUCAGCUGGAAUGUGUUCAGGAGCUCCGGAAGGGGAACACCAUCGUGAGCCUCCCCACCGGCGGCGGCAAGACGCUCAUCGCCGUGCUGGCGCUGGACGAGUUUCUCAGGAACACAGCCCGCGCCAUGUUCAUCGUGCCCACGCGCGUUCUGGUGGAGCAGCAGGCCAAGUACUGCCGUGAGAAGUGCCGAGCGCGGCAUCGCGUGGCAGAGCUGGCGGGGGGCGAGAUGGACUCUUGGGGUCAAGAGAGGUGGUCGGAGUGCCUUCGGGACAACGACAUCCUGGUGGGCACCCCGGAAGUCUUCCGCCGCGCACUGGUGGAGGGCGGCUUCAUCAGCGCCUUGGACUUCGCGCUGCUGAUCUUCGAUGAAUGCCACAAUGCCACGGGGAACUCGCCCAUGGCAGCCAUCAUGAAGGACGCCAUUUGGAAGGUGUCGGGGCAACCGGGCUGCCCCCGGAUUUUAGGGCUCACCGCCAGCUUCGUGAACGGGUCCCUCAAGAACUUGGAGCAGAAGCGCCAGCAGAUCGAGGCGCUGCUGCAGUCGAAGAUCUUCUGCCCGGAGGUGCCUAGCCAUUUGGCCGCGGGCGGCUCGGAGGAUUCCUCCAAGUUCCGGUACGUGGACUUUCCGGAGGACGUGCCAGCCAGCGCCUGCCAAGCUGCAGAGGAGGCGCUGGCAAACUUGCUGAAGGACUUCGAGGCGACCGUGGGCUUGCCGGUGAAAGACGCGGGGAAGCUGCUGAAGCGCUCCAGCCACGUCCUGGAGGAGCUGGGUGUUGAGGCCUUCCAAUUCGCGCUGCGGCACUGCAUCGCGCCACAGCUGGAGGCGCAUGCGGAGCAGCUGUUGCAGCUCGGCACCGAGGAGACCCGGAAGAUCGCGCAGGCGCUGCAGCAGCAACUGCCGCAGCUCAAAACUCGCCUGCAGAGCUUCGCGGCCGCGGUGUGCGUGGAUGCACAGGUGAAGCAGGCGCCGAAGGUGUCGGGAAAGGCGGUCACGCUCUUGGGGCUGCUGGCACGACUCUUUUCUGAUCACAAGGAGCCGGGCUACAGAGGCAUUAUCUUCACCACCCAGGUGUCGCUGACCAUGCCGUUGGCGCAUCUCAUCAACGGCCGGCACCCGCACAUCACGGCGGGCGCCGUGAGUGGUGUCGGGUCCAUGACCAACAGCGUGCGGAAUCAGCAGAUGGAGGACUUCCGCACGGGGAAGAGCCAGGUGCUGGUGUGCACCAGCGCGCUGGAGGAGGGCGUGGACGUGUCGGACUGCGCCUUUGUGGUGCGGUUCAACCAGUUCACCACCACCAAAAGCCACAUCCAGGGCAGCGGACGCGCCAGGAAGGCAGGCGCAGAGGUCUACUACUUCGACAACAACCCUGGGGUGGAGGAGGAAAAGGCGAAGUUGCUGACUCGAGUGGCAAAGGACCAGAGCUUGCAGCUUUCCGCGGCAGAGCUCGAGGAGAGGCGCUUGAAGAGCACCAAGGCCAAGCCAGGGGUCUACCCCUUCUAUCCACUGGGCGGCUCCGAGGUGAACUUCUUCAACGGCCUCCAGAUCGUCUACGAGUACUGCGCCAAGACCAUGGGUCAGUCCAUCAAUCCGGAGGACUUCUUUACCUACAAGGAGGAGGUCGUGUGCAUUUUUCCCAAGCAGGUUCGGAAGACCCUCGUGGAGGUGCGCUACCCCUCGCCGCAGGGCCUGCGCACGGUGUCGGAAGCUGACAUCGAACACCACUGGCGCGGAACGCGCCUGGAUGAUGUCUUGGACGCGGAGCGAUGCAAAAACCUGAACGGCGAGGACAAGAACAAGCGUCGGGCUCUCUUCGUAGUUGCAAUCCAGAUGCACCGCCAAGGUCUGCUGGACCAGAACAACCAGCCCUGCGCCCUCGCACUGGCGGAGAACCGGAAGGCAUGCCCGGCGAUGAGUCUGAAGCCGGGAGUGCGGGUGAAAAGCACCUAUGGUGCCACAGCAGCAGCGCCACCUGCGCCAGCGGAGGCAGCUUCGACGGCAUCAACGACCUCCAGCUCUUCAGCUCCGCCAGCUGCGGCUGCAAGCAUUUCUGUCUCCAACGCCAAGGGGGUUCUCAACGAAUGGGCGGUGAAGCAAUUCCGCCAGCCCGCGGAGCAGUUGAUCUCCUACGAUACCUCCCCGCAGGAGUCCGGCUUCGUGACUGUGGUGACGGUGGCCAACCAGAAGUUCACUGGCCAGGCGCAGCCCAAGAAGAAGGACGCGGAGCAGGCGGCUGCCGAGGUUGCGCUGCAGAAGCUACUGCCGACGGCAACGAGUGCCCCGGUCCCAGCAGCAAGCCUUGCCGCCCCCACAGGCGUGGCGAGUGCACCCAACCCCAAGAGUGCGUUGAACGAGUGGGCGCUGAAGCACUGGCGCCGGCCGGCGGAGGAGCUUCUCUCCUACAGCACGGUGCCGGCGCCCGGCGGCUUUGUGAGCACCUUGCAAGUGGCAGCAACUGGCCAGCGCUUCACCGGGCAGGAGCCUCGCGUGCGCCGGGCGGCGGUGCUCGCAGUGCCCCGAGUGGCAGGCAAAGGCUGCCAGGCCGCGGUGGAGGUGCUGAUCCCUCCGCUGGAGGAUGAAUCCGUGGACGUGCGCGUGGCCGCGGUGAAGAGUUUGCUGCUGGUGGCUGAGAAGGGCGACCCGCGGGCCAUCGCGGCGCUCACGGUUCGACUGGAGGACCAGGAGGUCAGCAAGGAUGCUCCUCAAUGCGUGGGCAUCAGGGCGGCCAAGGCCUUGAAGCAGUUGGUGACCUCGCAGGAGGAGCUGGUGCACAUUGCCAAGAACCUCAAGUUCCAGGGCCCAUCCAUCCGCGAUGGAGAGCGCGGCCUUCGCUUUCACUGGAGCGGUGUCUCCGAACCCAGCGGUUUUGCGUGCUCCGCAGGCCCCGCCGAUGGUUUUUUCCUGUGCCGAAGCGCGCAGGUCUUCACGGCGUCUUUCGCCGCUGAAGCCCCGAAGCCCUCGGAUGCCCUCUUCAAGCUCAGCACCGGCCUCGCGCUGGGCGCAACGCUGUCGCGGGCACGUGGCGCACGCGUGGCCCGCCGCGCCAAGGACCGGGCCGUGGACACGAGGGAAGAAGCUUGGAAUUUUGCAUAUGACGUGGAAACGCACUUCCUGGAGCGGCUGCGUGAACUGAAGUUCCGUUGCAAGAAGGUUCCUGAGGCCAGCCACAAGAAUCAAUAUUUAAAGCAGGCCCUUGAAACAGUGGCUGAUUUCACAGGGGUGCAAUGCAGUGUGAGAUAUGGCGAAGACAAGGAGGCGCAUCAGAGGAUCCUAGAGAAGGUGAAGUUGUUGAUAGACAAGAACGGCAGGAAGCAUAGCAACCAGCCGAUCCAGCUUGCAAAUGCCAACAGAAGAGAGUUGGUGGAAAUCGUGAAGCUGUUGCAUGGAUCAGAGGCUCGGGAAGCUCGCGCAGUGAUCCAGCAGGUCUACAAUGGCAGUGUCAGUUCUUCGCAGGCUUUGGUAGAUGCCAGAGACAAGUUGAGGCCCGGGCAGAUGAACAAGGCGACUUGCUACCCCAGCUGUUCGUUCGGGCAUGGCAUGGGGCCGUACAUUUUGCGGGUGAACAGGUUCCCGGUGCUGUCGCGCCGCGAUGCCCCCAGCACGACCUUCCCCAAGCUGCCAGAAUCGGUGCACCCCGGGGUGGUGUCCGGACAGGCCUUGAGGGACCUGCUGGACCACGCCAAGGAGAACGGCUACGCCAUCCCAGCAGUGAACUGCGUGUCCUCUUCAUCCAUCAAUGCAUGCAUCGAGGCGGCCAGGAAAAUGGAUGCCCCCAUCAUGAUCCAGUUCUCCUCCGGCGGGUCCCAGUUCUAUGCGGGCAAGGGCUUGGACAACACCGAGUUCCAUGCGGCCAUCGCCGGCGCUGUCUCUGGAGCGUACCACGUGCGUGCCGUGGCCGAGCAGUACGGCGUGCCGGUGAUCCUGCACACGGACCACUGCGCCAAGAACCUGCUGCCCUGGUUCGACGGUCUGCUGGAAGCCGAUGAGCGGUACUUUGAGAAGCACGGUGAGCCGUUGUUCUCCUCCCACAUGCUGGACCUGUCUGAGGAGAGCCGUUGGAGGAGAACAUCGAGCUGUGCGUGA